UGUUGUUUUGUCCCUCUCUAUCGCGGAUAGAGACAUCGCGACUGGACUGUCUAUCACCGGCAUCUCCGAGUCUCUCCCUAAAAGAUCCUCUGCUCGACUGCUCGCUUCCAUAAAUCGCGAAGAUCAGAGUAAAGCUUGCACAGAGCCAUGGCAGCUACCAACAACGUCGGCGCGGGCGCGCUCCCCGUCGUGGACCUGGCGCCGUUCUUGGCCACCGGCGACGACGAGGGCGGCGUCGCCCGCGCCAGCGCCAGCGCCACCGGUGCCGUGCGCGAGGCGUGCCGGGACUACGGGUUCUUCCGCGCCGUCAACCACGGCGUGCCGGCCGAGUUGAUGGCGCGCGCGCUCGAGCUGUCGGCCGCGUUCUUCGCGCUGCCGGACGAGGAGAAGGCCAAGGCCCGGCCGGUCGAGGGCUCCGAGGCGCCCCUCCCUGCCGGCUACGCGCGGCAGCCGGCGCACUCCGCUGACAAGAACGAGUACCUGCUGGCCUUUGACCCUCAGCUCGGCUUCAAUCUGUACCCCGAUGAGCCAUCAGGAUUCAGGGAGGCAUUAUAUGAGUUGUACGGCAAGCUCACGGAGCUGGGCGUGCUCAUCCAGGAGAUCCUGAACAAGUGCAUGGGCCUCCCGCCGGGCUUCCUCAAGGAGUACAACGGCGACCGCAGCUUCGACUUCAUUGCGGCGCUGCGCUACUCCCCGGCGACGGCGGAGGAGAACAACGGCGUCAGCGAGCACGAGGACGGCAACUGCAUCACCUUCGUUCUCCAGGACGGCGUUGGCGGCCUCGAGGUCCUCAAGGAUGGCGCCUGGGUCCCCGUCGACCCCGUCGAGGGCAGCAUCAUCGUCAACAUCGGCGACGUCAUACAGGUGCUGACCAACGGCAAGAUGAAGAGCGCGACGCACCGGGUGGUGAGGAAGCCGGCGGUGCACAGGCACUCGCUGGUCUUCUUCUUCAACGUUCACGGCGACAGAUGGGUUGAGCCGCUGCCGGAGUACACGGAGAAGAUCGGGGAGGCGCCGCGGUACAGGAGGUUCCUGUACAGCGAGUACCAGCAGCUGCGGAUGAGGAACAAGACCCACCCGCCGUCAAGGCCCGAGGACGUCGUUCACAUCACCCACUACGCGAUCUAAGUCUCAAGUGUCACAAAAAGAAAUAAGGCCAGGCCACUGAUGCGUUGAAAGUAGAUUCAUCAUCAAUAUUAGUAAAUUAUUAUGCUACCUAAUAGUAUCACAUUUCCAUUGUCGUCUAGUCCGGUUAGGAUACCUGGCUUUCACCCAGGCGACCCGGGUUCAAAUCCCGGCAAUGGAAUCAUUUUUUUCAGUGUUUUUUUUUCCUUGCUUCAUUUGUCUUGACUGCAUGAUCAAAUUCUUCUGUAUCUGUAUCCCUUAAACAGUUCAACUUUCUUUGUUUUUGUCUUGACUACA